ACUUUAAGAAGAAGAUAGAAGGCAGUGGGUAUCGUGUUAUGGAAAAUAUAGGGCGAAAUGAUGCUUUGAGCUGACUGGGAGUCCGAAAAAGAAGGCUAAAGAUUGAUAGUCUGCAGUGGGCCGUAGAAAUUGUAGCACGUAGUUUAUGUGUGUGUGUAUUCUGGGCAACUACGACGUAAUUUUGUACAUUCCGAUUAUAAAGUGUUUAUAUUUGUCACACGACUUUGUGAUGUUUCCAUCCUGUUUUCAGUAGUUAUGCUUGGUGCGUAGUCAUUCUGCAAUUCGAGACUGCAACGUAUGCCGAUAUUUCCAAAGUGAGAAAUGAAUUUUGGAAGGAAAACACCAAGUAUGGGGACACCAUCAGUAUACUCCCAUAUGACCACGAGGUCAUCAGCAAACUUGAAAUCAUCUCGUUCCAUGCGCUCUGUCAGAAUACCAUGGUAUCAGAAGCCAAUAUUGCAAGAUGCCAUUUUACUUGAUAUCCAAAGAGGGGCACUUGUGACAGGGCUUUACUCCUUGUUUCUGAGUCUCUUCACAAUUUUCACCGCUGUGUUUGAUAUAUACUGCCUUGCCCAGGCUGCACCUGGCUCCACCCACUACGGAUACUACAUUAUCAGCUUUGAAUUUGUAUAUGUGGGAAAUGUCCAUGUUCGCAAUGCUCUGAUUGUGUUUGCCUUGUUUUCCCUCAUUGGUGGGAUGGCAGUGUUUGUUACAAGCAUAAUCCUUAUCAUUGCCUUGAGAAAAGAAUAUGAGAAGAAGAUGGUUCCUUGGCUUUACUGCUUUGCCAUAUUUACACUGUUUCGGCUGUUUGCGUUUGUAUUUGGCUCAAUAGUGAAUGACAUGAUAUUUGGAUACAACAUUGCAAUGUGCUUUCUGUGGAUCAUCUAUACAGUGGCUAGUGUCUAUGGCUGGCUUCUCGUGUACUCUCUGUACCUUGAACUGUCUGACCUCACCAAGCUUGAAGAUCUUGCUCACCUCAGGAUGGGAACAAUGGCAUCCCUGAAUGCAUCUACAACUCAUUCAAUAGCUGGUUCUCGUCCCACAACACCGCACAGUACCGUGUCCACGGCUCCAGUCAUGUGAAGGACAUCUUUGGAAGUUUUCAUUUGGCUGAAGAAAUGACAGCCAAGUGAUCAUCAUCUCAUAUGAUAACUGCAUUUCCAAACUGUAAAGGAUGUCCGCAGUUCAUGCGUUGAUAGAAAUAUGUCAGUGACGUGAAGAAUUCUAUAUUCCAUGAGCCCUUUACUGGUAAAUAUGUACUUCUACAUAUCAGUUGUUCAUAACAUUAGGUUCUGAGACAGUAUCACAGUAGCUAUAGUAGAAGUGUAACUCCACCAGUAUUUUUAUAUUUCGACAUUUAACUGUUCAUCAGAUAUUUGCUGUUGCACAAGAAGAUUGUUUGUACUAGUAACCAGGGUUGUGUUUAAAUAUAAAGUGUUCAAGAGUGUCAAAAUUGAUGCAUGAUACCUGCUGCUUGUACUCACUAGAAUUGGUGGCCGCCAUCAAGAUAUUAUUCAGUUUUAUGCCACGCUUUGAAUCAUCGUACACUUUUUUUACAGUGUGCCACAGUUGGUAAUGUUUCUACGGCAUUCAUGUAUAAAUGUGCCCAGGAUAAUCUGAUUUUCCUGUUUGUUUCCGUCACCAGUUCCAACCCUCCCGUCUCUUAUCACUUCACCUAAGGUAUGUGAAUUUGUGUGUUGCUUUUUAUUAGGAUAAUUACACUAUUUUUCAUUGUCAGUUGUUUUACUUUAAUUGUUUUAAGUUUUACUUCACAGUAAAUACAUUAGUAUUUUUCAUAAAUAUGUUUCUGUAAUCUUUAUGGUAUUUUCUGAUUUAUGUAAGUUGCAUAACCCACAAUAGAAUGCAAUAUUUUAUUUUGAACUUAGUGUAGUUUUACCAUUUACAAAACAAUUAGAAGUGUUUUCCUUUGCAGCACAGAUUCACUUCAUAUUUCUUCUUAAUAUUAACAUAUCAUGUCAAUGAGACAGCAAUUUGAGUCUGGAAACAUUCAGCUAAAUGCAUUCUGAUCGGUUGUAGGUUUAAGGGUCAGCCCUUAAAACUGUGGACAGUGAUUAAUUUGCACUGCUAUCAUGAUUUAGUUAUCUUGGAGCAUGGAAUCUGUGGAUCAGGCACGUGAAAUAAGGGUUGUAAAUUGUUUAACGUGCGGAAAUGAAAUCAUCCACGUUUCCUGACUCAUG